AUGCCAGUGGACCCUUCAGCGCCUGGAUUUCACAGGACAGAUGUCGGCAGAGCCUUAUGGGAUUUGGCCGGCGCCGGGCCACCUGAUGGAUCUCAUCUGGGCCGCGGGAGCGUGGGAUCCGAUGUCGCCCGUGCAAUGCAGUCAGAGCCUGUUGGCCGCCUCCGAAGGAUGCAACUCGAAUCUGAGUCGCUUGAGCACGGUGCCCAGGAGGGCGCUGAAGGAGCGCAGCAGGAGGAAGAGGAGGAUGAGGCACCAGAGUCUCCUCCGUCACCCAUCCGAGUUCGUCGACAGGAGAAAGUGCCCACCAAUGCACGUGCGCGGCUGCUCGCAGACAGUUCUGACAGUGAUGAUGCAAGGCCUGUGCGGCCUGCGAAACCCAGCAAGGCCGCAGCAGAUGAUCAAGCCCGUGCGAGUCAUGAGCUGGACACGAGUCCUCAGGUCUUCGCAGAAGCGGCCCAGGAGACCAUCCCGUCCAGUCCGGUGGUCGCUGAAGCGCUUCAAGACAGCCAGGCAGAGCCUUCCUUGUCUUCCAGUCUUCGUCUCGACCCAGAUCCGGAAAGCCAGGGCUCGGCUGGCUCUCCGGCGGCUGGUCGUGAUCAUGCCGGUCGGGCGCCCGAGGCAAGCAAGGCGAAGGUGUACAAGGACAAGCCAGAAGCGAGUCAGAGGAAGAAGGACAGAGCUGACAGGCCGGUGAGACCAAGAAGCAGAAGCAAAGACAGCCAUGAGGAGGCGGAGCUUCUCAGCGAUGUUGAGGAGAGUCAGCCGGUCGUGGAGGAAGCCAGCACGAAGGCGCAAGCUGAGGAGCUUGCGAUGGAGGAUGCCAGCGACACGGAACCGAGGCAGAGAGGCUUGCGCCAAGAACAGAAAGGUGGCCCGUAUGGCAAGGCACCAAAGGGUGGAAGCCACCACGACGAGACGGUCCCGAGCGGAAGCCGGAGAUCGAAUGGCCAGCGGGCUGCAUCGCCGGCGGACGGAAGAAGUCGCGGUGAAACGGAGAGGGGCCAGAAGCUGGAUGCAGGCGCGAAGAAGCCCAAGGCGGUGCAGAAGUCAAGGUCACCUGCAAGGGCGGCGGGCAAGGCCGACCAAGAGGAAAGGGCGUCGGUGUCACCGAGGGGAUCAUAUUCUCCGAGGAAUCGUGUUCCACUCCGAGAUGCUCCAGAUGUGCACAGGGACAAGCCAGAGGCGAGUCAGAGGAAGAAGGACAGAGCUGACAGGCCAGUGAGACCAAGAAGCAGAAGCAAAGACAGCCAUGAGGAGGCGGAGCUUCUCAGCGAUGUUGAGGAGAGUCAGCCGGUCGUGGAGGAAGCCAGCACCGAGGCGCAAGCUGAGGAGCUUGCGAUGGAGGAUGCCAGCGACACGGAACCGAGGCAGAGAGGCUUGCGCCAAGAACAGAAAGGUGACCCGUAUGGCAAGGCACCAAAGGGUGGAAGCCACCACGACGAGAGGGUCCCGAGUGGAAGCCGGAGAUCGAAUGGUGGGCGGGCUGUGUCGCCGGCGGCCAGGGCCCAGGACGGAAGAAGUCGCGGUGAAACGGAGAGGGGCCAGAAGCUGGAUGCAGGCGCGAAGAAGCCCAAGGCGGUGCAGCAGAAGUCAAGGUCACCUGCAAGGGCGGCGGGCAAGGCCGACCAAGAGGAAAGGGCGUCGGUGUCACCGAGGGGAUCUUAUUCUCCGAGGAAUCGUGCUCCGCUCCGAGAUGCUCCAGAUGUGCACAGGGACAAGCCAGAAGCGAGUCAGAGGAAGAAGGACAGAGCUGACAGGCCGGUGAGACCAAGAAGCAGAAGCAAAGACAGCCAUGAGGAGGCGGAGCUUCUCAGCGAUGUUGAGGAGAGUCAGCCGGUCGUGGAGGAAGCCAGCACCGAGGUGCAAGCUGAGGAGCUUGCGAUGGAGGAUGCCAGCGACACGGAACCGAGGCAGAGAGGCUUGCGCCAAGAACAGAAAGGUGACCCGUAUGGCAAGGCAGAGCCGUCUUCGGAAGCGUGUUGUUUGGCUUUUUUGGGCAUGUUUUACGACAGCCAGGCACCAAAGGGUGGAAGCCACCACGACGAGAGGGUCCCGAGUGGAAGCCGGAGAUCGAAUGGUGGGCGGGCUGUGUCGCCGGCGGCCAGGGCCCAGGCAAGACUGCUAAGAUGUGGCAUCAGGCAGAGUCACAGUGGAGCUUGUACUCGAACCCACCAAAGGACGGAAGAAGUCGCGGUGAAACGGAGAGGGGCCAGAAGCUGGAUGCAGGCGCGAAGAAGCCCAAGGCAGGGGUCGGGUCGAGUCGCUGGGCUGGUGACAGCGUCGGAAGUGGCAGCAUGCGUUCGACAGGCGGUGCAGCAGAAGUCAAGGCCCGGAGCAUAUGGCACCACGUUUGGUUUCAUCUCAUGCACGCUGACGAAGGUCACCUGCAAGGGCGGCGGGCAAGGCCGACCAAGAGGCACCGGCGUGAAGUCGCCGUUUCUGGGUGCAGUGAAAGCAUGUUGCACUCCAGGAAAGGGCGUCGGUGUCACCGAGGGGAUCUUAUUCUCCGAGGCUGCCAUCCGUCUGAAGAUUGCUUUUUUGGCAGGGAAGGCCAGCCGCCACGUCCCGGCUUGA